AUGGCUAGUUUGCCCAAAUUCAAGCUGCAUGAUGGUCAACAUAUGCCAACAGUCGGUAUCGGAUGUUGGAUAGGUAAAGCUGGAGAAGCGGACGAAGUGACGAACAUGGUAGCAACAGCUCUGAGGUUGGGGUAUCGUCACAUCGAUACAGCAUCAAACUAUGGUAUUAUCUCGAAAUCUGCAAGGCAGCUGGGAAUCUGA